GCCAGUUUUUGUGAUCGGGCGCCUAACGCGCGACAGUAAAGAGGCAGAGCCAGCUGAAUUUGUCGAACUUGCCAACGCGAACCUCCAAAGCAAUUCACAACAGUCUAUCUAUAAUUCCUCCCUCCUUCAGCUUCAUUUAUUUUGAGACAUUUCAAUAUUUGCAACACACAGUUCAGCUUUGUCCGCUGCAGAAGUGCCCUCGGGCUUCGCAUUGAGGAUGCGCAAGCGUGACUUGCUGCUGCCUAGGCGUUUUCGGCCCAACUCUGGAAUUUCCAACGCAUCGCAAGCCCCGUCAUCCGCGGUUCAACUAACGACACCAUCGGUUACACCAUCCGCAUCCUCUACGCAGAGCCUGCAGGGAACCUCUACGACUACAGUAGCGUCUGCGAACGGAGCUCUUGAGCUAGCGAUUCAGAGACACCUAGAUAAGAUCACAGAUGCCGAAAAGGAAGCCUUUCGAGAAGCCUCGAAAACCAUCGAUGAAGAAAACCUACUCUCAAAGGCUCGGGCGUGUGACGAUGCCCAUAAACAGAGAUCAUCAUUCCGACCCCAAGCUGAGCGCCUCGCGAAGUUCCUAAACCUGCUUAAUCGAUUUAUGGGAGGCAUCGCCAUUGGCAUACAGGCGUAUCCGGAAAUUUCCUCUCUUGUCGUUGGCGCGGUACGGAUUGUCAUCGAUCUAGCCAUUGACUUUGUGGACUUCUUCAGCAAAUUGGCUGACAUGCUUUGUCAAUUUGAAGAUUACCUCGAACCGCUUGCAGAUUUCGCGAAAGCAUCCCAAGACUCUGUGCCCGUGCAGAAAACGGUCGCUAACGUCUACGGCGAUCUACUGGAUUUCUGCCAGAAGGCGCGCCGUGUCUUCGUGGACACCAACGGAAACAAACGAAAAUGGACGUCGUGGAGAUUGUUCAUGCGGCAACAGUGGGAGCCGUUUGAGACCGGAUUCGGUCCUAUCAAAAUAAAUAUGCAGCAUCAUCUAGAUGUUUUGCGCCUUGCCGGCCAAGCACUGCAAUUACGCAACGACCGAGAAGCUACGCAAGAACGCCGACGUAAGUCAUCUUAAAGCCUAGGAGCUUUUUCUAUUGGAAAAACUUUUGUGUAACACCGUCAUAGAAAUGGAGAGGGAAAGCUUCUUGGACUGGAUAUCUAAGGUCGACUUUGAGAAGGUUCACGAUGGUAUCUACGCAAAGAAGCAUAGAGGUACUGGUGAUUGGUUAAUUCAAAAGGAGGAGUUUCAGACUUGGUUUAGCAGCUCAAAGUCCUCCUUGUUAUGGUGUCAUGGAAAGCGUGAGUAC